AGUUGUAUUUUAUGACAACUCUUACAAGAAGCACUGUCUUCCCUAAAAUGAGGAAUAUCGAGCAUCUUGUGAAGUUAUACUUUGGGAUCGGUUUCACAAAUAAGGAAAUAUUAAGUCUUUUAGCACACCAGCAUCAAAUUAUUAUCAGCAUCAGAACUUUAAAACGACUGUGCAAACGUCUUUGUCUGUAUCGAAGAAAGAACCAAACGGAUCCAGAAGAAAUUGCCUCUUUCGUGGAAGAGGAGCUGUCUGGUAGUGGUCGCCUACAAGGCUAUCGGUGGUUACAUCUGCGUGCCAUUCAAAGAGGGAUUGUUGUUUCUCAGAACACAAUGAGGAUGAUCAUCAAGAUUUUGGAUCCCGAGGGAGUCGAACUCCGGCGAGCACGGCGUCUCCGACGCCGGCAGUACAUCAGCAGGGGACCCAAUGCUCUGUGGCAUAUGGAUUCAUAUGACAAACUUAAGCCGUUUGGCAUAGCAAUCAAUGGCUGCAUUGACGGAUUUAGUCGGCACAUUAUGUGGAUGGAAGCCUAUUACACUAACAGCGACCCAAAGGUGAUCGCGGACUACUUCAUUAACACAGUGAAUCGUAUUGGAGGCUGUCCACAGCAGGUGCGAGCCGACCCAGGUACGGAAAAUGGGCAUGUCAGAGAAAUGCAGAUGUUCUUACGGAGGAAUCACCAGGACAAUUAUGCAGGAGAAGGAAGCUUUAUUUACGGUUGCAGCACGGCAAAUCAACGGAUUGAGUCAUGGUGGGGAGUUUUACGUAAGCAGAGUGUGCAAUUUUGGAUGGACAUUUUUAAAACCAUGAGAGAUGAUGGCUAUUUCACAGGCAGCUUCUUGGACAGAAACCUGAUACAAUUCUGCUUUCUCAACCUCAUCCAGGAUGAACUGGACAAGGCUGUAAGAACAUGGAAUUCACACCUAAUAAGAACAAGGCCCGCCCAUGGAACACCUGGAGGACGCCCUAUUCUAAUGUUCAGCAUGCCACAGCUGUAUGCAGCAGAAGACAAACUCCAACCUGUUCUGGAGGAGGAUAUGGCUGUUUGCAGGGAGGAGUGCACCCCAAAAGGGCAGUACCCCUGUGAUGAAACUGUUUUUGAGCUUUGCAUCCUCCUUAUGGACGAAAAUGGCUGGGAAGCUCCUACAGAUGCAUAUGCUGCAGCAGAAUUGUAUUCAUUAUUAAGAAAUGAGAUACUGGGAAAUCUUUGAAUUAUUGUAACAUUAAUAAUUACCUUCCCGUAUUGGAUCUGCUUGAGAAGGAAGUGAACUCACACCCUUUACUUUUGUAAACAUAGUAUAAACCCACUGAAUAUUUAUCAGUUAUUUGAAAAUAUAACUUAAGUACAAGUUUGUAUCAUUAGAAAAACGUACCGUUGUUAUAUAAUCUAAAUGUUUUCAUGAUAAAUAAAAAUCCCCUUGUAAGCUGUGAAACUAUUUCCCUCUGUAGCAUGUAUUUGUAAUUCUUAUUUAAAGUACAUCAAACUUGUAUCUGGGUGGGCAUUGUGUCUGAGUGAAAGUACUGUAUGUAGU